ACUCAGCUCCUUGAUUAUCGCGAAUGCAGUUGCAGUCGACUUUUUUCUUUGUUUACAGCGAUCGACAAAAAAGAAAACAUGUAUGUACAUACAUAUAUAUUUAUGUAUUCAAUGUAUGUAUGUUAGUUUCCAAACGGAAAUAUUCCCGAGACCUUCCAUUGAAAGUUCACCAGUUACACAGGUAAUUAAACUUGCACACACAUAUGCCUGCAUCAUUUCUUCCGGUUUAAAUUUGCGUGUAAGGUUGCAUUUAUGAAUAUUGAGCCGCUUUUAUUGACUUUCCAUACUAAAAGAUAUUUUUACAUUAGAUGUACAAAAUUACAAAAGCUAUGUUAUUUUCCACUGACAAGCAAACACAACGCAGAAACAAGCACACAUACAAAAAUAAGCCGAACAAACUUUUCCAGAAAGGUCCACUCUAAUGGAAUUCUCUCCUCUCUGUCUCUCUCUCUCACCAAACGCCAUUUGCCGGCUUUUUGAAUUGCGUUGUUGAUAUUUGGUAAACAAUAAAACAGACUCUCGAUCAGGUGGUUUUGCUAUACUGCAUAUUAAUGAAAAUUUUCAAACAUAGUCAUAAAUAUUCCUUAUCUUCAUUGCAUUGCAUUUCGUCUGAAUCAUUGAUCAUCCAAAAAUAAAAAUUUCGUGUCUCAAACUUCGAACCAAUAGGUGAUGAAAUAGCUGUUUAUUUUAUAAAAUUAAACAUUGCAAAUACAUUGCGAGUUGAAAGUGCCUUAGAAUCGAUUUUGUGUGUUGGUGUAAUUAAAUAGAUUUCUAAAUUAAAGAUUCGUUAACCUCGCAUUACAAAAGUAAAACAAAAUCGAGAGAUAAACAUUAUCGCCGCGGCUUCAAACAAAGCAAUAUCAACAAAUAAAAUUUACAAUCAGAGCUUUUUGGAGGAAAACAAGCCAGAGGUCUAAAAAACGAGUAAACAAUUUUGGGGGUAACGAAACUAGUUUGCCACGCUGCGUUUCGCCGGUAAACAUAUGACGCAUUAAUGGUUCAGUAAAGUCUAGAAAUCGAUAGAAGUUGAGUUCUAUACAUACAUAUGUACACACAUACAUAUAUGCAUAUUUAUAUGUAAGAUUUGAAGAAAUGGAUUGCUUUCCAAACCCAUUAAUGAAAGUCGCACGCUUGCCACGAUCUGUGUCUAAAUAUGGGCAUGUAUGCAGCCUCCUAGAUCGUGAUCUUCGCCUGGCACACGACAGACGACGGACCUCGAUGGUGGCGACUCCGCAGGCGUGGAACUCUGUACUCCACCGAGACAGAUCCAUUCCAAUUACGACUUCCCAAAUUCCACAGCCCAUCUUCUGGGAAGAGAAUCAUAUUGCACACUUUCACCGCGAAAAAAAACGAAUUUGUGGCGAACAACAAAAUCGGGGAUUAUGCAUAACUGAAUGGAGAAUGGAAGUUAGCAUCGGAUGGGAUGGGAUCGUAGUACUGGCCACAUUGGAGAUAUGGAUGGUGCUAAUUGCCGCGGCACUUGGUGGCGGAUGAACCGUUAAAUCGAAACUGGAGCACUGGCCCAAUAACGAUGAUGCACGCGGCCCACGGAUUAGCACCUUUCAACGAGCCACUACGGCAUGGAUGUUCUAGAUACCCAAAAACCCGCCAUUAGCACCAUUGCCGGGCGGAGUUUUUCUGGCUUAGCAUUGGGACAUCUUCGGUUAGUUGUCGACUUAACUCCGAGCCAACUGGCCGUGCGGUGUGUGCUGAACAGGAUUCGAAACAAUAGAAUCAAUAGUGCCAAACGGAUAAUGUCUGCCUACGAGAAAAUGCCGGCGAAGGAGCACCGACGCCUCUCACCCAUUUGGUUUUUGGUGAUCACGUUUCUUCUCUUUGCCACCACCUUAACGGCGAUGGCCGUGAUCGAAGCUGGACGGGCACAGAACAACGCGGGCGGAGAAAGCGAUCUCCUAAUCCUCACGCGCAUGUGGAAUCACUUCAAGGCCGGUGUCGAUAAUGAUACGGAAAUUGCCACGGUGGAGCGAAUUGCUAGGGAUGCCGGAAAUGCAAGCAAUCCGAGUGCAUCCGCAUCGCAGCAGGGCAGAAACUUCUACGAGGAGCAGCAGGCGGUGGUGGUGAAUGCAGAGAGCAUGGAUUCUCCCGUGUUGGGACAACGCCAGGAUGCCUACGGUCCGCCGCAGAGUCGCGAGGAUUCGUACGAGCAGGAUCCGUACUACGAUGUGGCCGAUGACUACGGACCUGGACGAUAUCCCAGUGUAGAGUCCAAAGAGGAGUCUGAAGAGGCGGAACGCUUCUAUGAUAAGGAAGACACCGGUGAGGGCAGGUCACAGCAGGCACGUCCGUACGAUUCCUUCUACGCUCCGUGGUCAUACAAACAGCAGCCAACUCCAGUGGCUACUCAUCCCGCAGCCGAGGGCAACAAUAGAAAGCUCCAGGCGCCUUCAGCUCCUAGCAGAUCGCCCUAUCCCGCCUACGAUGAGAUGUACGACUAUCCCAUGGGCUUCCAGCCACGCCCACAUCCGGAAACAGCGAUGGCCAAGCAAUCCCAGCCCACCUCCGACCAUGCAGUAGUCCAAAUCCAAAGUGAAUCCACACUGGUCACCGUGCUGAAGAGCCUCAAGCAGAUUUGGGAUCUGUAUCAGGCACUGAUGAGUGCCUGGAACGCGGUCAGCGAACGCCAUCAGCAGAGUACUGAGAAGUUCCGCCAGGAGCAGGCGGCGAAGAAAGCCGAGAAGGAGCAACUGCGUCAGCAGCAGCAACAGAAGACCAGGAUAAACUCCAAGAAACCGCCGCGAAUGGAGGGAAACAAAAAGAACCAGAACAAGAGGCCGACUACAACAACAACUAAGGCAACAACCAACAAGACGACGACGACUGCUGCUCCAGAAGUCUCUGAUGAGGAGGAGGAAGCGGAGGAGAAGGAACAGUCGCAGAAGACAGUGGAGAAAGUUGAGACAGUCACAACAUCGGCACCAGCCACCAAAGUCUCGGCACUCAAGGGGGAAAAGGGAAAUCUGAGAUCGGUGCGUGGACUGCGCCAAAGACGCGAUGCCGAGGCGGAGGAGAAGGCCGACACGGAUGUGGGCGAGGGUCGCUACAUCAAGGGUGAUCCUCUCAAGGGAUACUACGAUUUCGUCAUCACGGAGGGCUCCUACAAGUUCUGGGCCGUCUUUCAGGUGGGCACAGCUCUGCUGAUCAUCUACUCGACGUUCGCCGCCAUUUACUACUCCAAGGUGAAUCCGCUGACCAGUGACUACGACUACACGGAUUACCUGGGUGGAGUUCGUUCGUUGUCCGGCGGAGAUGCGGAUUUCGUGGACGACGGCGAUGCAGCGACACCGCCCGUCUCGACCACCUCUCGCAUCAUGGAGUGGCUGCCACGGACGGCGCAUUCCAUCCAGUUUAUACUGGAUGCCAUCGACAAGGUGCCAGUGGAUCAUGAUAAGGACAAGGAGCUCGGCUGGUCCACGGCGCAAAAGGACACGCCGGCGCUGGGAAUGAGAUAGGGAACUGACUACCAUAUGCGAUAUUUGUUAAGGAAAAUAUAAUAAUGUUGAAGAUAAA